AUGACGGAAGUGCAUAAGAAGUUGGAUCACGGAGAUGAACAUCAACCGAUUGGUCGAGGAAUCACUCAGAUUAAAGAUGCUAGAGCAAAGGUUGAAGAAGUCGAUAACGGGUUAACAUCUGUUAACGACGAUUUGCAGAAAUGGAGGGAGGCGGCGAACAUUGUGCUUAAUAUAGCGGUGAACAGAGCAAAGGAUGUGCAUAAAGCAUUGGAUCCUACGAAAGGAGAUGCGAACCAUCCUAUUGGUCAAAAACUUAAUGAAAUUGAUACUGCUAAUAAUGAAAUUAAAAGCGCAAAUGAGAAGCUUAAAACACAAGUUGAGGCUUUGCACAAGUGGAUUGAAACUGCAGAAAAUAUCCGCACCGCCGCUGAAGCAAGGGCCAAGGAAGCCUAUGACAAGCUGGACGUUCAUCAGGAGCUGAGCAAGAAUGUUAAGAGGAUUGUGGAUGCUAAAGACAGGAUUAACGAAGUGCAUAGAGCAGUUGAAACGCAAGUUGAGGAGUUGGGACGGUGGAAAGAUAAGGCUGAAGAGGUGAUUGGCGGGGCGGUUGAAAAGGCGCAGUACGUUCAUGAUAGGUUAGAUAUAGGUGGUAAAGGGACGCAGUUGAAUAGACAAAUAGAGGGAAUUGAACAGGCAAAUACGUCGAUUCAAAAUGCAAAUAAAACGCUCGAAGAACAUGUUGCCAAUCUGGGUAAGUGGCAGACUGCAGCCAGGGAUGUCAUUGACAAGGCCGACGAUAAGUGUGAUGAGAUACUCAAGAGGGUUAAGACAGAUCCCAGCAGCAAGAAGGAUUCAAUUUAUAAGCAAUCUGCAUUGUUGAGAGAUAGAGGCACAAAGCUUUUGCAAGCUGCUACUGACGCUAAGCAUAAAGUUGAGUCCAAGGUGAAGGAUGCUUUGGACGCUGUGGAGGCCAUGGACUCCGAUCUCAAGAAGGAUUUGUUUGAAGUGAAGAAAAAAAUUAAGGAGGGGAUAAACAAAGUGAUUAGUGAGUUGAAGGUUGGUGAGUUGGGUGAGGCAGUGCAGAAGGAUUUGAAGCAGUUGAGGGAUAGGAUUGAGGGGCUUGGUAAAGGUCUGACAGACACCAACGAAGAUAAUCCGAUGGUCGGCAGUCACAUAAAAAUUCUUAAAAGUCAUAAGGAUACGCUGGGCGGUGCUGUUAACAACAUUAAGACUGAAACGGAGAAGAAGCUAGUUGACAGCUUUAAUGAGAAUAUCAGGGGUCCUCUUAACAAAGGGGUAGAAAAAGUCACAGAAGAAAUUGGGAAACUUUACGAAAAAUUUUACCCCCAAAACGGCAGCGUAUCGGAGGCGGACAGAAAGCAUCUUCAAAAGAUUUUUGAGCAUAUUAAAAAGCAAGUUUCGGUGAUUAAGGGGACUGGUGAGAAGAAUCACGAAAGUGGCAUUGAUGGCAUUGUCGCGAACGUAAGAGGUCUUUAUGACGCAUUUGUUGAGGGCAACGGCAAAGGGGUUGAGGCAAGAGUAGAUGGAUGGCUUGGAAGUAUUUUGGGGAUCAAUCAGAAUCAACGAGGGACGCAGACUGAUGGGAUGAAGGCUGUGACAUCGUGGAUUAACGUGUAUCGACAGGCAACUAAUGAGCGUGACAACGCUUUGAAAGCCGUCAAGGAUCAAAUAAAGGAAGCACUUGGAAAUCAGAUUAGAACCGGCCAGGCUAGAAUAUCAUCCGGAGACGUAAAGGAUAACAUUGUGCAAAAUCUUACGAAGGUCAAAGAGGCUUGCCAAGCAUUUGUUGAGGCGCUUGAUGCCUUGACU